AUGGUCGUUAAUUUCAAGAAAGGAUUCGAAAAAAAGGUAUUUAACGAACACUCCCUUCAAGUUAUAACAAUUACAAUUCUCAACCUUACAUGGGCAGCUUAUGGAAUUGGUCAAGCCUAUGAAGUUUUUAGUACAAUAAAAGAAAUCCAAGCUUUACUUGAAUGCGUUUCUGAAGAGACUGAAGAGAAACUUUUAAAUAAUGACUUAGUAGAAGUGAUCAAUACAUACCGUCAUCAUAUCAAUAUGGAAGAAAUGGCAUGUGUCGCAUUACUACUACUUUUUGCAGUAGGAAUGGCUUAUAUUGCAUAUAACUUGUACCAACAAUUUGGUUGGAACAAUUACAAGAAAAUUGGGGGCGAUCCAAAAUUACAAUGCGCAUAUAAAAAUUAUCUUACCUUUUUAAUGUUGUUGAAGCUCAAUUUAUCUUCCAUAUUACUAUUCAUUAUUCCAACAUUGUUUCUCGUUUGGUUCGAUAGUUGUUAUAAUAGUACAACAAUCCAAAGUAUCUUAAUAAUUCACCUUUCCAUAACUGCAUUUGUACCUUUGUUGGAAGUAAUCGCUUAUAAAUCUGCAGCAAAAGAGAAUAGAAUUGGAAUGAUAAUAUUCUUGAUAUCAUGGGUAAUAGUAACUAUAGAUCUUGUAGUAUUAUUUGUUGGAGUAUCUAUCAAGCUUCGUUCGAUUGAUAGUUUUUGGUAUUCCGGAAUUACUCUUAUCGACAAAAGAUUAAAUCGGGAAGAAGUAAUACCCCCCUCACCUAAUAUAUCGUUGCCAUUAGCGAUAAUGCCUAUAAAUAGCAUUUUGGAUAGAUCAGAGAAAGAGGACACAUUAGAUAACAGAUGGACUAUCGAUGACUAG